AUGCCCACAUGUGGUAUGCAGAUUGAAUACACUUCAACGUCAAAACUAACCGGUACUGCUGAGCGUGAGGACGUCGAUGAGAGUAGCGAUGCGGGCGUACAUUUGUGUCGUUACAAACCCGGACCGAGUCCAAGCUCCACCCGACUGCGAUUGUUGAUGAACGUUUCGCGAUGGGACGAAUCGAGAUCGACCGAUGCUGCGCAGCCGGCAUUCACGUGCGGACAGUGCGACAUAGAUUUUUCGCAAGGAAAGUCGCGAAGUCACUCCCACGGAGACGGCCAUGGACGCGUGUGCGACAGAUGCUACCAAAUCACGUUACUCGCAAAGCGACCACCGUUCACGUGCGCGCUAUGCUCGCGUGCGGUUUCUCGAGGGAAGGCGAGUCAUCCCCAAAUAGAUGGUGACGGGCGCGUGUGCGUUGGGUGCUACCGAAAAGCAAGCAAGGCGAAUCGACCACCGUUCACGUGCGCGCUAUGCUCGCGUGCGGUUUCUCGAGGGAAGGUGAGUCAUCCCCAAAGAGAUGGUGACGGGCGCGUGUGCGAAGCUUGCUACAGGAAAUGCCUCGCGUCCACCCGCGAAAUGUGA